GGACUUUGUGUUUUCCUGUCCGCUAUUCAUCUGCCUAUAUAUAAACAGCCCUGGCUACACCAACAAGCAGACUGGACUAAGAAAAUAUUCAGCUAGGAUUAUCUACAAAGAGACAGCAAAGAUGAAGGUUUUCCUGCUGCUUGCCAUUGUGGCAUUUACAGGUUGCCAGGCCAGGGAUCCUACUGAUGCUAUCUUGUACGAAAUUUCCAAGGUAACGCGCCCUUUUGAUGAUGCACUGAAAAUGAUUAAAGAGUCUCAACUGGGGCAAAAAGUCAAUGCUAGAAUUACAGAAUUUGGUAAUGUGGCCAAAGAGUAUGCUGUGACUCUCCAGGAAAAUUUGAGCCCUCUGACCCAGGACAUCAGGACCAAAAUCAACAAGGAGGCUGAAAUUCUGAAGGAGCGUCUCGAGCAGGAUCUGACCACUGUGAGGGACAAACUGGAGCCCUAUGUUGAGAAGCUGAAGACCCAAAUUCAGGAGAAAGUGGAGGAUCUGAGAGUAGCCGUGGCUCCCUAUGCCGAGUCCUUUGACUCUGACGCUCUGAAAACUACUGUACUGCAGAAGACAGAGGAGAUCAGGAGAAGUCUGGAGGAGAAAGUGAUAGAGCUGCAGUCUCAGCUGGAGCCCUAUACUGAUGAUUUCAGGCAGAAAGUAGAUCAGCAUCUGCAGGAAUUCCAGAAAACCGUGGCUCCUCUGACUGAAGAUCUUGAGGCCAAGGUUGCUGAGAGAGCUGCUUUGGUUCAACAGGGUCUGGCUCCCUAUGCUGAGGACAUAAAAGAAAAACUGGACCCAUAUGUCCAAAACCUAAAUGACCGGCUCAGGUCUCUUUAUGAGUCCUACAUAAACACUUUCAACUAAAUUCUGGACUGCUUCCCCGCUAACAAAACUCUGUACAGUGUUCCCAAAUAAUACACCCUUAAACAUUGGACUGUACUACUUGCUAAAAGUCCAAAGAAUUUCUCUCUUUUGUAGUAGCAUUUGCAUUAAAAUAUAACUUUUAUUAUUAUUUACUGUUGCUAAGGAUCAUUGCAUUCUUUCCAGAUGUCUUAUUUUGUAAACUGCUUUCAUUUCUUGCAUUUAUACAAAUAAAAUAGUGGCAAACUGA